AUGCUAGUCACUGGUAUCAUCCUGAUUCCCACCGCCAUCGCCACUCCCGCUGUACAGGAACUUGUCGAUAUGAGAAGCGUCAUCAAUGCGGCCGCAAGUGCUAUCGGGGAUCCGAACAAUCCCAACCGUGGCUUUGGCUUCAAUCUCUUCGGUGGUAGCGGUCAAAUGGGCACUGCGGACCUAGUCAAUAACAUCACCAAUACCAUCUUGAGAGGGAAGUUUCAGCUUGACACGAACAGGACGUCGUGGCUCCUCCCAGGAAACCUCGCCAAUACCUCCAACCCUAUCAGCGGCACAGCUCCUGUCCAACCCACACCCACACUCCCCAUUACGGCCAGUCUGGCCUUGCCUAGCGUUCCACCCUCCACAACACCCACGCUUGACAACCUCACUGUCGACCUCACAGCCCCUUACAUGGACUACGUGCAAGCCAUUCCCAACCUAAGCAGCAGUCUCACAACGCUCGGUCGCAGUUUCCACCGCGAAAUGAAUAGGCCCGUCACCGAAGCGGUCACAGGUCUCCAACAAACCCUCACAACAUUCCAAACCGCAAUGAUCGAAAGCGAUCUCAUCACGGCCAAAGCCGUUAUGCGCACUAUCCGCGCGAGCAGUAGCUUGGAAAGUGCGGGGACAGCGUGGAGUCGCUCUCUCAAUCUACCUGGUAGUGGAAGUGAUGAUGAUGAUGAUGCGGGAUCUGCUUCGCCGUCGCCGGCUUCAAAUAGGCCGGGUAUCUUGGGCCGAGCAGAAGUUCAGAGGCCCCCGCCUAAGGAUGGUAGGUUUUAUACGCAUCUCGAGUUGUGGAAUCGGUCGGAGCCAAGGGGUAGGGUGUCGACGGAAGGGAAGACUGCGCCGUAUGGCGGUGUUGUGGUCCAAGCGGAGGAGAAGCGUUCAAGUGCCACUGCUGCUGAGAAGGCGAAGGUAGGCCGGCCUUUUGUUGUUUGA